ACUCUCACUGUGAACAUGGAAACGGUAAUUAGUCACAAUUCAUCUCAGGUGGAUGUCCUUACUGCUUUCUCUCACCCCAGAUGGGCACUUGACCACGCCCUCACCUCCAUUCCCUAUUAUAAAAGAAGGGCUCUGAGGAAUUUGAAAUAUAUACACAAUUUUCAGAUGUUUCCACCAGUGUGGCAGUAAACCCCAAAUGCUGCCUCAAGUAUCUUUGCAUUUUCCCAGAGUGAAGUAACAUGAUAAAGUUACAACCAUUUGUAUUGUUGUUUUUUUUUUCAUGUCCCCUGAGACAGCCAGCCUAUAUUAUCUUAUGAAAAGUUAUGAAAACCAGAGGGCAAGAGACAUGACUGAUGUGUGUUUGACCAAGGACUUUGAUAAGCUCACAAUAUGCAAGUAUGCUACAUUGUCCAGUUUCAGGCAGUGCUUAUCAGCUCUUGCCAUAUCACAGCGAGCAUCAUUAGAGGAGAGAGAGAGAGAGGAAGAGGAGCAGAGGGGGGAUGGUGAUAAAGCAAGAGAUUGAAAAGGGAGGGCUGAAGAUUGUGUGUGUAAGAGAGAUAGAGAAGAAGAGAAAGGGAGGGGGGGUAGAAAGCGAGCAACCAACACACUAACAUAGAAUCGAGCCAGUGUAGCAGAAAUUGCCACAGUGAUGCUGAGGGUCUUUCCAUGAAAGCGGAAAUACCCUCACACACACAGAGAGAGAGAGAGAGAGAGAGAGAGAGAGAGAGAGAGAGAGACAGUGAAAGGUUUUGUAGACAACAGACUUUUCAGGUGAGCUCGCACUGUGAGUGAACCGAGAAAAGAGGAGAACCAUUUUUCCUGCAUCUCUGUCCGUCUCAUGAGUAGCCAUGCAUGUUCUCUCUCCUACCACAGGUUUACAUGAGAUGCUAGCCCUCCUCACCUCACAACUGCAUCCAGAAGCCAACCAUAAAGAGGACUUGGUCUUCCUCAGAGAGGUCUUCAGUGAGAGGGGCCUCAGCUAUCUUAUGAAAAUUCAUGAACGACUGAGGCAAUUUCAGGGCCAGAGCCCGAUCCCAGUGCUCCACAGCGCCUCCUGUCUGGCAGAGGACGUUGCAGAGGAGCUGCAGAAUGGACCACUGGAAGAUGAUGAGAGAGAGCUAAUGACACUUCUGACCGCUCCACAUGUGAAGGCAGUGCUAGCAGUACAUGACAUGGUGGCGCAGAAGAACUUUGACCCUGUGCUUCCCCCUCUGCCGGAUGACCUGGAUGAUGAACUGGAGGAGGAAUCUGUGAAGAUUGUGCGUUUGGUGAAGAACAAAGAGCCUCUGGGUGCGACUAUCCGCAGAGACGAGGUAACUGGGGCAGUGGUGGUUGCUAGGAUCAUGAGGGGCGGGGCUGCAGACCGCAGUGGUCUGGUGCAUGUUGGAGAUGAGCUGAGAGAGGUCAAUGGAAAUCUCAUCAUACACAAACGUCCUGAGGAGAUCAGUCAGAUUCUGUCUCAGUCUCAGGGCUCGAUCACUCUGAAGAUAAUUCCUGCCAUUAAGGAGGAGGACAGAUUCAAGGAGAGUAAGGUCUAUUUAAGAGCCUUGUUUGAUUACACACCAUUUGAGGACAAGGCCACACCCUGUCAGGAGGCAGGACUUCCUUUUACAUGUGGAGACAUCCUGCAGGUGGUCAGCCAGGAUGACCCCACAUGGUGGCAGGCCAAACGAGUAGGAGACAGCAACCUGCGUGCUGGCCUCAUUCCCUCAAGACAGUUCCAGGAGAGACGACUGUUGUAUAGGAUAAAAAUGGGAACAUACCAUAGCCCUAAAUCACCUAGAGCAGCACCAUGUGACCAGAAUUGUGAAAAAGAGGACUGUGACAGUGAGGGCAGUGGACAGCACGUAGUUUCUCCAAAGUGUAAGGCGGUGGCACCGUCCUGUGGCCAGGCCUUUUCCUGGGAUUUUUAUUCAGCUGGUCUUAGGAGGAGCUUCAGGCUGAGCCGCAAAGAUCAUCAGGGUUCAACCACAGAGUCUCACCCUGCGGAGUCUGCCGAGACGGAGUUCCUCAUAUAUGAAGAGGUGACUCUCCAUCAGAUAAAACCCCAAGAUAAACCAAGACUUGUGCUGCUGAUAGGCUCUCUUGGUGCACGGAUCAAUGAGCUGAAGCAGAAGGUGAUUGCUGAGAAUCCUCAGCGGUAUGGCGUCGCUGUGCCACACACAACAAGACCCAAGAAGAGCCAUGAGAAGGAGGGCAUAGAAUACCACUUCAUCUCCAAGCAGGCCUUUGAGACUGACAUCCAAUCUAACAAGUUUAUUGAAUAUGGUGAAUACAAGAGUAACCAAUAUGGGACGAGUCUGGAGUCAAUUCGUAGCGUCCUGGCGAGAAAUAAAGUGUGUUUGGUAGAUGUUCAGCCUGAGGCCAUUAAAAUCCUUCGCACAGCAGAGUUCAAGCCCUAUGUGAUCUUCGUAAAGCCACGCAUCCCUGAGAGUCGUCGGCUGCGUAGUACUAGCAGAUCACCAGUAAGAGGUGAUAAUGGACACAUCACGGAUGAAGACCUGCAGGAUAUGAGGCAGUCAGCCGAGCAGAUGGACCAACAAUAUGGCCACCUAGUGGACAGGGUCCUAAUAAAAGAGGACACUGCCAGUGCCUGUGCGGAGCUGAUAAAUAUUCUGGAACGACUCGAGAGGGAGCCACAGUGGGUGCCUGUCAGUUGGGUCCGGUCCUGAUCCUUCCUUAUAUUCAAACACUUGCAUAUGAUGUAAUGAAAACAGACCUCUCUGCCUCUAUCUGAGUCUGCUGUUUCCGUGUCAUCCCAUUUGACUGAAGUAAUACAAAUAAAUUGUUGAAAGUCCUGGAGGCCUGUUGUUCUGCUGUAGUAAUGAAGACUUCUAUUUAUAAGAUUUUGCAUGGAAGUAGCAUUGACAUAAAUGUAUCACUAAAAUCCCCCAUAUCUGACGGAUGUUUCUGUUGAUUAAACUGCACAUAUAAAUAUCAUGAUGAAGAGAAAUUGAGGAUAGUACCACUUGAGGACAAAAUUGCCCUUAGGUUUACUCACUGUGUCAAAGCUAUGUUUAUGUCAGGCAAAUGUAUAGUGUGAAGCAGACUUGAGUCACAUGACUCGGACUUGAGUCACAAAUUUGAUGACUUGCAACUCGACUUAGACAACAAUGACUUGCGACUUGACUAGGACUUGAGCCCUCUGACUUGGAAAGACUUUAUAUCUUCUAAAACAAAAGAUCAAAGUAGUACAUAGUUGAGAAGAGCCGUCCAACUCGCGAUUCACGGCGCUCUUUUAAAUCCAAUGUUUUGAAUGUGACGUCGCAUCAGCUUCUGAGGGAUUAUGGGAUCGUAAAGCGUCCAGUCGAUCUGCACUUCUGAAUCUCACCGGAAAUAGUAGAUCAUCUAGGCUCGAUAUGGUUCGUCAUUUUUAUUUAUUUAUUUUUCCAAAUUUGCAACAAACAUCAAACAUCAUACUGUUUUUAUUGCUUGGCUUAACCCUUACUGCACUUUUUUCUACACUUUUUACAGGGUUUGCACAAGGUCCUUGAAGUGCUUAAAGUUAGCUUUUAGAAAUGUUAGUACUUGAAUACCUGGAAAAUCGCCUUGUUUUGUUGAAAAGUGCUUGAGAUUAAAACAGAACAUUUCUUCCUUGUAAUGUGUCCAUCAAAGAUGAGAACCCACACUCCACUUUCAUUGAAUAAUGUGUCUUUUAAUAUCCUUUCUGUUCUUUACAGUCAGAUAAAAAAGAAAUGUUAAUUUUAAUCCCAAUUAGCAUGGAUACACUAAAAAAAGAGAUUUCUCUCUCGUUAAUAAACCGGGACACCUGCACGAGUCUAUGCUCGGUGCUCUCUUAAAGUGGCAGUGCCAUUUUUGCACUUUUUAAAGGAAUAUUCCGGGUUCAAUACAAGUUAAGCUCAAUUGCCAGCAUUUGUGGCAUAAUGUUGAUUACCACAAAAACUAAUUUUGACUUGCCCCUGCUUUCUCAAAAAAAAAAAAAAAAAAAGCAAAAAUCUGGGUUACAGUCACUUACAAUGGAAGUCAGUGGGGCCAAUCUGUAAAUGUUAAAAUACUCUGUUUCAACCUUGAGUUUUGCUUUUUUUUUUUUUUUUUUUUUUAAAGAAAUAAAUUUUUGUGGUAAUCAACAUUAUGCCACAAAUGCUGUCGAUUGAGCUUAACUUGUACUGAACCAGGAAUAUUCCUUUAAGACACAUUUAUAACUUUCAAACACAUCCUUAGGCUGAAGAUAUUGAUAUUGAACUGAGAUAGAUCAGUGCCCUAAGUGAAAAUAGUCUAUACCUCAUCUAACAUGAAAUUGAACUGGGAAGUGAUAAACAUACUUUAAAAGCCUUCCAGAUAUAAAUUAGUAUAAAUUUACUAUAGUAAUGAAUACUCGGACACUAAUUUGUGCAAAGAAUACUAAUUACUUGUUUAAGACUUCAAGCUUGAAUUUGAGGACUUGUGACUUGGGGCUUGACUUACGACUUGACUUGAGACUUGAAUGCAAAGACUUGAGACAUACUGCUACUUGUAAAACAGUGACUUAGUCCCAUCUCAGAAGGUCUCUUGGUUUGUCAUCUUCGUCUUACGCUGGCUGUGUAUAUUUAGUCGAAUGUAAAUGAGAAUGUUGUAAGACAGCAUAUUGUAUAUUUGCUAAUUAUUUCAGUGUUUAUAUCUGUGUAAAUCAAAAGGCAAUAUUUCGUCUUUGGCCAAAAUCUGCCUGUAAUUUGGAUGUAAUUGUCAAUGUUUUUUUGUACACUAUAUCAAACUGAUGACUGAUGCAUUUCUGAACAAUGUCUACUGUAUGCAGUUGAUUAGGCAAAUGAUACAUUGAAGUCAAAGAGCAUUAAGGCAUGUUAACAUCUUUAGGGCCAUAUAGUACUGUCCAAAAUGUUAUGAAUAUGUUCCCUUUAAAAUAUAUGGAGUAUUUUUGAAUGUAAAUUGUUAUAAUAAAAAUACACUAAGCUUAUA